AUGGAGUCAGUGAAGACGAGAGCCGCGGCGGGGGUGAAGGAAUUUGCGGGGAAGACCCUGGGUCAUAUGUACAGGGUGGUAGAGAGGAAACAGAAAACCGGGGAGGUGAUCGAGCUGACGGAGGAUGGGCGUCCCCGGGAGGCCGCGGAGAAGAAACCCCCGCUGUGCGACUGCAACUGCUUCGGUCUGCCGCGCCGCUACAUCAUCGCCAUCAUGAGCGGCCUGGGCUUCUGCAUCUCCUUCGGUAUCCGGUGUAACCUGGGCGUGGCCAUAGUGGGCAUGGUCAAUAACAGCACCAUCCACCAGAACGGGAAGAUCAUCAUCAAAGAGAAAGCCAAGUUCAACUGGGAUCCAGAGACGGUGGGAAUGAUUCACGGAUCUUUUUUCUGGGGCUACAUUGUGACGCAAAUCCCGGGAGGAUACAUAUCCUCCAGACUGGCAGCAAACAGGGUGUUUGGUGCAGCCAUUGUCCUAACAUCGACUCUCAACAUGUUCAUUCCUUCGGCUGCCCGAGUCCAUUAUGGGUGUGUCAUUUUUGUCAGGAUAUUACAAGGACUGGUGGAGGGAGUCACCUACCCAGCUUGUCAUGGCAUCUGGAGUAAGUGGGCUCCUCCGCUGGAAAGGAGUCGUCUGGCCACCAUCUCUUUCUGUGGCUCUUAUGCUGGUGCUGUGAUUGCGAUGCCUCUGGCUGGGAUCCUGGUUCAGUAUUCAGGCUGGUCCUCAGUCUUCUACGUCUACGGGUGCUUCGGCAUAUUAUGGUACAUGUUCUGGAUCUUAGUGUCUUACGAGAGCCCUGCUGAACAUCCGACCAUCACUGAUGAGGAGCGCUGCUACAUUGAGGAGAGUAUUGGAGAGAGUGCCAUGCUAAUGGGUCCUACUGAGAAAUUCAAGACCCCCUGGAGGAAAUUCUUCACCUCAAUGCCUGUCUAUGCAAUCAUCGUGGCCAACUUCUGCAGGAGCUGGACGUUUUACCUGCUGCUCAUCAGCCAGCCUGCAUACUUUGAGGAAGUGUUUGGCUUUGAGAUAAGUAAGGUCGGCAUAGUGUCUGCCCUGCCCCAUUUGGUGAUGACCAUUAUUGUGCCCAUCGGCGGCCAACUGGCCGACUACCUGCGCAGCAAGAACAUCCUGUCAACUACCAAUGUCAGGAAAAUCAUGAACUGUGGAGGAUUUGGCAUGGAGGCCACAUUGCUGCUGGUGGUAGGAUAUUCCCACAGCAAAGGGGUGGCAAUAUCCUUCCUGGUGCUGGCAGUGGGCUUCAGUGGAUUUGCUAUAUCAGGCUUCAAUGUCAAUCACUUGGAUAUUGCUCCUCGCUAUGCCAGCAUCCUCAUGGGCAUCUCCAACGGUGUGGGUACCCUGUCUGGGAUGGUGUGUCCACUGAUUGUUGGUGCUAUGACAAAAAACAAGACUCGAGAGGAGUGGCAGUAUGUGUUCCUAAUUGCCUCCAUGGUGCAUUAUGGGGGUGUGGUGUUCUACGGCCUCUUUGCAUCAGGAGAAAAACAGCCGUGGGCCGACCCCGAACUGACCAGCGAGGAGAAGUGCGGCUUCAUUGACGAGGACGAGCUAGCAGAAGAGACAGGCGACAUCACUCAAAAUUAUGGCAAGUCGUACGGCGCCACCACGCAGGUGAAUGGCGGCUGGGCUGCCGGCUGGGAGAAGACGGAGGAGUAUGUCCAGGAAGAAGCACAGGGAGGAGGCUAUGGAUACAGGCAGGAUGAGGGAUACUCUUAGACCAAACAUUUCUUGAGUAUGCAUCAGUUUAGUCAUAAAAAAUAUCAACAAAUGAGAAACAAGAAAAAGAGCUACAAUCCAUCGUUGUAUUGUUUGCACAAAUUCUAAAAAAUCUAAAAAAGUAUCAACUUAAUGUAAAAAUUACUAAAAUAUAUAAAAAUCACUAAAAGAUAUUUGAUUAAUAGAGGUGUAACACAUAUCAAAUUGGCAGUCUGUAAAUGUAUUAUUAUGCAUAUUGAUGAUAGAUAUAUUUAUUUGGAGUGCAAUCGUGUGUAAACGUAAACAUUUUCAUCCCAUCAGCCGAGGCUUCCUGACUACACUGAAGCCUUGAUGGUUACAGAGAAGCAGCCCAUCAGAACCAACCCCUUAUUUAUCAAAUUAACUGGUUCUUGUUACAGUACAACGUCCGACAAGCCAGCCAUUACAGUGUAUAAACAUGUCACUGCACAGCAUUGUGAACAGAAACUAGACACUCUGUUGAUAUAGAUUGUACUGUAUCUCUCCUGAAUGCACUCAGAGUAGUGUGUCCUUUAAAUGCACAAUAUGAUUGUUUUUUUUUUCUUAUCACUGGCUUCUGUGUGUGUAAAUCUAAGUCCUUAACAUGUAGGUGACUUGGUGUAGAGAUUUGACGAGUGGCAUAGUGAUGACUGUAUAAAAGGUUAAAAAAAAAUGUCUUAAAAAUGUUUGCUACAUGUCAUUUUGUAACACGGUACCUCUGCAGCUGAGAGUAUGAUUUUAGCAUUUGUAGCCCAACACAUCUCAGCAGUGUAGUGCAGGAGUAAAGCCAUUUUCAUGAUUACUGUCAAGCCACUAAAAGCAUUUGUUGAAAGAUUUGUCUCAGAUAAAACAUAUAUGACAGAGAUAACUACAGGUGCACAAAGUAAAGAUCUAUAAGAGUUUACAGAUUAAAUGUUGUUAGACCAAGAGAGUAUCAGAGUCUUAAUAUAUUAGAGCAGCACACCUAAUGAUGUUUUAUGAGAGAAAAACAUACAGAAUAUAUAAAAUAGUGGUAUAUAAAAAUAUGGGCAAAGGUAUAAGGGAGUAAUUUCUAGUUCACAUGUUCAAACUAUAUGAAGAUGAAUUUAAAAUGUCACAUGACAUGGUAGAAGAGAAGUAUUUGAAUGUUUACAGAUAUCAAUACUUGGCGUAAAGUUCACCAAAAUGGAAGAUUUCUACGUAUAGUUCUAGAGAAGAUACAGUAGGAGAGGCAAUCACAGACAUGUGCAAUUUGGACAAACUGCCAUUUGUCCAUUUUCAUUUCAGAAUGGAAGUGAGAUGAUGAUUAAAUGAACUAUAAUGUAUAUACCUAUGAGAAUCUGGCAAUGAAAAGUUUUUCAGGCUCCUGAGUACAAAAUAGUCUGCCUCUAGAAUCAGUUUCGUCCUCAUUCUGCACUUACACUGACAAGGUCUGAAGGGGGCCAAGUUUGUUUCAUUUUUCACUUGUCUGUGGAGAUCGUACGUCAGCACUUCACAAUAUAGAUGUGUGUGGAUGUGUAUUUAUGCAUGGAACAAAAUGAAAUUUGUAGUAUGUCUUUUUUUUUUUAAUUGUUCCUUUUAGAUUUCUUUCACACUUAUUUGUCUUUGUCUCAGAAACUGUUACUGAUGCUUCAAUUUCUUUGCACAAUUAACCAAAGCUGAAGAGCAGAGCUGGGUUUUAGCUGGAAGUCAGAUGAUUUUUUUAAGGUAGUACAGCCCAUCAGCAGUGAGGUUCCAGUCUGGACCCCCUCUACCCCCCAAGUGUGCAGGUAGCACCAAACAUUACUCAGUGUACAAAGCAAUAAAUCCAUAGUAACAGUUCUGGUCAAAUGUCAAACAUCAUGAAUCAUCAUGAACAGUCAUUAUGUAA